UCAAUCGCAUGAAUCGUCACCCGACGACGGCCGUGGCGUCCACCUAUCGACCUCCGGAAUCUAAGAGGGAAGACUGCCGUUCUCCUCCCGUUCCGGGAACUGCAGGCGCCAACGACCCGAGGAAAAGAUGUCGACGGCUUUGCUGGCCCUGUUCGCCGUGAUCCUGUGCAUUCUGUUCAGGAUACUGAACGUGAACAGCGCGCCGCAGAGACCCGUCCUCGUCUGCAAGGACCAGGUAUUCCUGACGACGGUGCUCAAGAUCGCGCCGACCAUCGCCGAGCCAUAUAAGCCAACGAGGUUGUGGGGUUUCAGCGGCCACGUACAAACUAUUGUCCACAGCAUUGUAGGACGUGUUCGGUGUCCUUGGCCCAUUGGAGAACGCGUGUAUAUCGGUCUUCCAGAUGGAACCACCCUUACGUACGAUCUCUAUCAACCUCUGACUAAUGGACAUGAAGAUGAUAUAACGAUAGCCAUCUGUCCUGGCAUCGGGAAUAGCUCGGAGAGCGUGUAUAUCAGAACGUUCGUACACUUCGUGCAAUGUCAUGGAUAUCGGUGCGCGGUACUUAAUCACGUCGGAGCCCUUUCGAGUGUCAAGAUCACGGCACCAAGAAUAUUCUCUUACGGUCAUACGGACGAUUAUAGCUCGAUGUUACAACAUCUAGUAGAACAGCACCCUAAUACCAAAAUAGUUUGUAUCGGAUAUAGUUUAGGCGGCAAUUUAGUGACGAAAUAUUUGGGAGAACAUGGUCCCAAUAAAUUGCCUAAUAUUAUAGGAGGGAUAUCGAUUUGUCAAGGAUACAAUGCUCUCAAAGGAACGAAGUUUCUGUUAAAUUGGCAGAACUUUAGACGUUUUUAUCUGUAUAUAAUGACAGAAUCGAUGAAGAAUCUUAUUCUCAAACACAAACAUAUGCUUCUGUCUGAGGAUGUAAAACAGAAGUGUAAUUUGAACGAGCGAGACAUAAUUUCCGCUGCGACGUUACCCGAACUGGACGAAGCUUAUACGAGAAGAGUACACAACUUUAGGUCUGUACAAGAAUUAUACAAGUGGAGCAGUUGCGUCUUUUACCUAGACAAUAUCACAACACCGAUGGUAUUUAUCAACGCGGUGGAUGAUCCCAUCGUGCCGGAGGUGUUAUUAAAUCCAAUUAAAGAACACGCGGCAAAUCGCUUAAAUACAUUAUAUGUGGAACUGGCUCACGGAGGUCAUCUAGGUUUUUAUGAAGGAGGUUUUCUGUAUCCAAAUCCUAUAACAUGGCUAGAUCGAACUCUAGUGUCCCUUGUGGGAUCUCUGACACUAGCGCAUGCGGACAAGGCUCUCAAAGCCUCUUAAUCAAAUUUAGUUCGAUUAAUGUAUUCGUGUUAUUGGAUAUUGAUCGACAGCGUGUCACACACAUUCUGAUUUUGUGAGAUCAAGCACUGUGCACAUGAUCCACGUUUAGAUAAUCGGAAUGAUUUAUAAUAAGGCUGCAACAAGACUGCAUUGAAAACGGCAGAUUAUAAACUAACAAAAAUGUCUGGUACAUAGUUCGAUUAUUUCAUAAAGUGAAGUAGACAGGAUCUUUCACAAACAGAUACAGAGAAAAAAUAAAUGAUAAACGCGACUGUAAAAUAACAAAUGUUUGCUCAUUGACAUUUUCGAAAUUGAGUAUAGCCAAAUUACGCGACUCUUUAUAUACAGUUAUAAUUAGUAGAAUUUUUAUUACACAAUGCGGCACAAUCAAAAUUAGACAGCUUAAUUAUUUAAAAAAGGAAGUAGAAACAAAAUGAAUUUUUCAAUAUUUUACUAAAUAUUUUACUAACGCUUCUUUCUCAGGGAUCUUCUAUAGGGUGAUGAUUUAAUAAUGGGACUAUCAAUAGUCCUUAACUAAAGAUUACGAGAACUAUUUACUAUAAGCGUUUAGUCAUGCUCCACAUUGAAUGUAAGUUCAAUGCAAUACAGAGCAUCUUGUGUCCUUUUCACCAAGAAAAAUUUGUAUUUAUGUACAAUAUGUAUUAAUAUAAGAUAUAUCGACUUAAAACAUAUUUACAAAUGCGUCCGCUCUAAUGUGUCUAUUCUAAAAUUAGCUUUAUCGAUAUGGAAGUUUCAUCACUGCUGUAUAUACAUAAUAAACGAUGUAUAUUUAUUAUCGGGAUUGGUAGUAACAUUAUAUCUGUAAGAAAAUCUCUUAGAUCAAAUUCUUUGUUCGAGUCUAAAAUGUAGGCCUGAAAGUAUACUCGAAUGUAUACACGAAACUUUGUAAAUAUAUUUUUUAGCUAGAAUUAUUAGCAAAUUAUUAAGAAAAAUACUAAAUUUAACAAAUUUGAUAUUACUACCUCCGGAUUAAUACAGAUAUUUCUUUAUGUAAUAUAUAAAUUUAUUUAUCGAAUCGAAGGCAUCUUUGAUUCGAUAAAUUAGUAGUCAGAAUCAUAUCCGCAUUUAAUAUUGCGUUAUAAGCAAUUACUUAAGCGAUUAACGCAAAGACAUUAAGCAUUAUGGAAUAUUAUAUUACAUGAAAUAAUUUGCAGUCAAAAUGUUCUUUAAUUAUCUGAUUUAUAAUGUAUUCUUAUUAUAUGCUCUAUAAUACAAUGAUAAAUGUAUGAUAUUUAACCUAUUAUAUUUCCUUACAUGCAUCAAAGUAUCUUGUUUUUGUUCAUGAAAUUUAUUAAAUUUUAAUCCGAAAUGAGGAAUAUAACAGAUUAAUGCUACAUUAAACGCAUCAUACAUUUAUCGUCGUGAUAAAAAUACCAAAUAUUUUAUUCAAUACGUCCAUAUUGAUAAAGUUGAUACGCAAUAUGCAAUAAUUUCCGACAUCAAAUAAUAUAUUUUAAUCGAUAGAUUUAUUAAUCAUCAAGCAUUUGUGUCGCGCGUGCGAUGAUAUCAUUUACUUGAUAUUUAUUUCCUAUUAUAGCGAUUUAAUGAUAAUAAUUUAAAUGGUACUAAUGAUUAUUGUGGGUGAUUCCACGUCAAAUUAGGCAGCAAGAAAAGCGAGUAUUUAAUGGCUUUUUCUCUAUCUUUUUCUGUUUGUAUAUAAUAUAUUUAUGUAAAACUUUAAUGCCAUAAUGAUGACGCUUUUCGAGGCAUCGAAUUUUAUACGAAUUUUGAUAUUACGAUGUCUUUCAAAAGCUCCAAUUUCUAUAUAAAAAUAAAAGAGAUAAAAAAUUUAAAAA